GGAUUUAGCUCCCCCAGAGACUGAAGGAUACUGUGUUAGUACCAUCAGAAGUGUAACUGGAGAGUUUACAGAUGCAGUAUGUCCUGGAUGCAAAAAAAACUUUCCUAUAAAAGAAUUGGAGCUCAACACAAGUGUCUGUGGUGAUUCAGAAAGUGUGGAGGAUGUCCUACAGUGGCUUGCAUCUCAAGUUGACACAAAGAAUUCAGCCUCUGUGUGUCCAGAACGAAUCUCUUGGAACGAGGACUCUUACUGUGGAAGCAACAAAAGUUUAGCUCCCCAGUCAACACAUUAAAAAUCACCUUCUUGGGAGAGGCUGGAGCUGACACAGGGGCUUUACGUAAAUAAUUCCUGACAGAAAUGAUUGGUGGCAUAGAGACCAGACUCUUUGAAGGAGGUAAAGGAAAAAUGCCCAAGUACUCUUUUAAUGAUCUGGACAAUGGCCUAUUUCGAGUUGCUGGGGAGUUAUUUGCUGUUAGCCUUGCCCAGGGUGGCCCAGCUCCAAGAUUUUUACAGAACUGGUGUUACGAUUUUCUGUUGAGUGGAAACCUUGAAACGAUUACCAAGGAGACUGUUUAUGAUGUUGAUAUUUCACCACUAAUUCAAAAGAUCGAGGAGACUUCAGAUCUGUCUUCGUGCACUGAAGAGAUAGUCAGCUGUGGUUACACCGGGCCUAUAAAAAAAAAUAACAAGGCGAAUAUAACAAGAGCGAUUGUGAUGCAUGCUGCUGCUCGACGAACUCUAAUGCUUCUGCAGCUCCGUGAGGGUCUACAGCUGUACGGGUUAAUAGAUGUCAUGAGAAAAAACAGAGAAGUGUGCCGUAGCUUAUUUGUGGUUCAAGGUGGUGAUGAUAAGGAGGACUCUCAUUACAUUGUGUCCAAUCUUCACCCAGAAAUGAGUGAGACUUAAACAUGCCAAAGAGUUGCAAAUCCUAGAUCACUUUCAGGAUUUUCUAAAGGAGCUUGCAGGCAAGUUUAUGUUCAUUCCAGAAUCUUAAUGUUGUAAUUUUAAAGGGAUACCAUACCCAAGAAUGAAAAUUCUCCCUCGAAGUUGUUCCAAAUCUGUAUAAAUGUCUUGUUAGCAACAUGUUUUAUAAAUGCUUUUUUUGAAAGAAUGUUUAAUGUAUUUCGAUGACUGUUGUCACAUGUUGCAGAUUAACUUCAAAUGUUUAAGACUGUUCCUCUUGAUAAUUUUAAACUGACUACACUUUAAAUAAAUAGCAAAUUCUGUCAUCAUUUAUUCACCCUGAUGUCAUUCAAAAUCUGUGUAUGACACUUUUUGUUUGGUUGAACACAAAAGGAGAUAUGUUUAGAGGUCUCAGUGGUUUUGUACAUAUCAUCUUUUGUGUUCUGCCAGAGAAAGUCAGUCAUAGCUUUUGAAUGAUUUGAGGGUAAAUAAAUUAUGAAAGAGUGACUGAUGCCUUAGCCUUUUAUUAUUUUACAUGCUUUUCAAAUGAAUGUUUCUCAACAUAUUUUUUUCAAUGUUACAAUAUGUAAAACAUAACUAUCGAAACAUAAUGUAUUACAAAUAAAAAAAUCUUUAAAUGCUUCAAACAUAAGAGCAAAGUCUUUUGGAUAAUACUUGAA